AUGGAUCGAAGUUGGAUGCAUGAGAAACGAACUACAUUCAAAUAUAUGCAAGGAGUUCAAGAGUUUAUACAAUAUGCUGAAGAAAAUAGGAGUAAAAAGGCGGAAGACUUUAUUGUGUGCCCGUGUUGUGAUUGUAAAAAUUUUAGGAGAUAUCGUAGUUCUGAUGAAGUGAAGAUCCAUUUGAUACGGCGUGGUUUUAAGGAAGGAUACGAUCGAUGGAUAUGGCAUGGUGAAAGCUUAAUUCCAAGUACAAGUGCUAGUAAGGAAGCUCAAUUAGAUAGUGAAACUCAUGUAGACUGUGAAACUCAGGCAAAUAGACAAACUCAUGAAGAUAAUGAGGGGAAUAAUGAAACUCGUGCUACCGAAAAUGAGGACGAUGAAGAUCAUGACCGAAUAGAUGAAAUGAUGCGUGAUGUGCAGGGAGAUUUUAGUGAAAUGCCUCCUGAAUUUAAAAGUUUGUUUGACAAUGCUGAAAAACCUUUGUUCUCUGGAUGCACUAAAUUUUCUAAGUUAACUGCUGUGCUUAAAUUAUACAAUGUAAAAGCAAGAAAUGGAUGGAGUGAUAAGAGUUUCACAGAACUAUUAGAACUACUAAAAGACAUGAUUCCUAGUGAUAAUGAGCUUCCUAAUUCAACUUAUGAAGCAAAAAAAUUGUUGUGUCCGUUGAGUAUGGACAUUGAAAGGAUACAUGCAUGUCCAAAUGAUUGUAUAUUGUAUUGGAAAGAAUACAAAGACUUGCAUGUGUGUCCAAAGUGUGGGACAUCACGUUAUAAAAAGAAAGAUGUUGAUGAUGUGUGUGAGAAUAAGAAAGGUCCCCCAGCCAAAGUAUUAUGGUAUUUACCAGUAAUACCAAGAUUUAAACGCAUGUUUGCUAAUCCAAGAGAGGCAAAAAAUUUGCAAUGGCAUGCUAUUGGGAGAAAAGAAGAUGGAAAACUGAGGCAUCCAGCUGAUUCACCUCAAUGGAGGAAUAUUGAUAGGAGGUGGCCUGAUUUCGGUUGUGAAAAUAGGAAUCUUAGACUUGGAUUGUGUACGGAUGGAAUGAAUCCUCAUGGUAACAUGAGCAGUCGACAUAGUACUUGGCCAGUUCUUUUAGUAGUCUACAAUCUUCCACCUUGGUUGUGUAUGAAACGGAAGUACAUCAUGUUGUCGUUGUUGAUAUCAGGGCCUAAACAACCAGGCAAUGACAUAGAUGUAUAUCUAGCGCCGCUUAUUGAGGAUUUAAAGAUGCUGUGGAAUGAAGGUGUGCAGGUGUAUGAUGCUUAUACACGAAGCAACUUUACCUUACGUGCAAUGAUCUUUUGCACAAUAAAUGAUUUCCCAGCAUACGGUAACCUAUCAGGUUAUACUACUAAAGGAGCUAAGGCAUGUCCUAUUUGUGAAGAUGAAACUUCCAGUCUAUGGUUGAGUAACAGUAGAAAGAAUGUGUUUAUGAGCCAUAGGACAUUUCUCCCUAUUGACCAUCCAUAUCGAAAGAAGAAAAAAGUUUUCAAUGGAAAAUCUGAGACUCUAGUAGCUCGUUUGCCUUUAUCUGGACACGCGAUUUGUGAACGUGUUAAGAAUGUAGAUGUUGAUUUUGGCAAGACUUGUAAGACUACUCAGAAGACUCUUUGGAAGAAAAGGUCUAUAUUUUGGGAUCUACCGUAUUGGGAGCAUUUAUCAGUUAGACAUUGUCUUGAUGUGAUGCAUGUUGAGAAAAAUGUUUGUGACAGCAUCAUUGGAACACUGUUGAACAUUCCAGGAAAGACAAAAGAUGGUAUUAAAGCUAGAAAAGAUAUGUUUGAAAUGGGAAUACGGGAUAAGUUAGCACCACAAGAAUCAUGA